GAAAAAUUACUCAAAAGUUAUCACUACAUUUUUAUCAACUAUGGACAAACCAAUUCACGCCCGCGUGGUGAAAAUUAUUGGUCGCACUGGAUCACAAGGGCAGUGUACUCAGGUGAGGGUCGAGUUCCUUGACGAGCAGAAACACCAGGUUAUUCGCAACGUGAAAGGACCUGUACGUGAGGGUGAUAUCCUUUCUCUCUUGGAAUCUGAACGCGAGGCAAGGAAACAGCGUUAGGCGGUUAGCUAGAGACAACAAAUAAUUCACGAAUGUAUAAUUAACAUGCAGCAUUGUUAGACAAUAAUUUAACUUCAAUUAAACU